AUGGAGGAAUCAAAAUACACAUUCGAGCUUACGGAUUCGCUAAGAGCUUAUCUCGACGACCCUUUGACCAUUUCCUGUCCAGAUGCAGACCCUGGUCUCAUCAGCGAAAAUGGAGAGCCCCUCACCGCGGGGCAGGUCAAUCCUGUGCUGGACCCUAUCGUUGAAGCUGUCACCAUAAGCCCAGAUGCCAUUCUAAAAGACGAUAACUUUGACAACCUACAAUGCUUGCUGAAGUCGUUUUCUUUAAUCCCAGGAGUAUCCGCGAGCAAAGUUCUAGACUUGGUUGCCUCAGGCUUGGCCGCUGAGGCCGCUAUCGUAAACAGCGAAUUAGAAUCGGACGACCCUGGCGAUCUUGAGUUGCACAAAGAACUACUGGAGGCAUAUGGAUUCCUGCUGCUAUGGGCUAUCGGCGCGACGGAAACUCGAAUGCAAGAGAAGAGCAACCAAACUGCUCCAGCCGCCAGAGGCAGGGGUGUUAAGUCAAAGGUUUCGAAGGCUAGCGCAGGGGUUUGGGACCCAUCUUCACAGCUCCUUCAGACGUUAGACAUCAUGGCGAGAGUAAUGAAGCUCAAACUAUCUAGGAUGUUCCUGACAACUUCUGAAAGAGAUACAUUCGUCAGCCUCUUUACAAGGCCAGUGUAUUUGAUGCUAGAGAAUGAACAGCGAGUAAAGAGCGUUCCAAUGAAGAUGCACUGCUUCAAAAUACUCUGUCUUGCUGUAAAACAUCAUGGUCACGCAUACGGCGCUCAAAUCUCGAUUGUGCAAAACUUGUCAUAUUUCGAACAUCUUUCGGAGCCGAUGGCCGAGUUCUUGCAAAUCUUAGAUGAACAAUUCGAUUAUCCCCAGCUUGCCGACGAAGUUCUCCGGGAAGUUAGUAACAAGGAGUUCAACAGCAAUGAUACCAAGGGACCUAAAUCGAUAUCAACUUUCUUGGCCAAGCUCGCAGAGGUCGCGCCUCGCCUCGUUCUCAAACAAAUGACACUGUUGAUCAAACUACUGGAUAGCGAAUCGUAUACUUUGCGAUGCGGUAUCAUAGAAGUUUGCGGCAAUCUCAUCGCAGAUUUGACGAAAGAAGACGAACGGACGGAUUCACAUAAGUCACAAAUUGAGUCCUUCUACGAUGUUCUAGAAGAGAGGUUUCUAGAUAUCAACCCUUAUUGCCGCUCACGUUUGAUGCAGGUUCUCAGCAGACUUUGCGACUUGGAAAUAAAGAACCCAGGGCGCAGACAAAAAAUCACAGAACAUGCCACUCGCAGCCUCGAGGACAAGAGUAGCAAUGUUCGCAGGAAUGCCAUUAAACUGAUCGGGCGCCUUGUUGCCACACACCCUUUCAGCGUGCUGCACGGUGGACAACUUGCCCUAAAGGAGUGGACUGAGCGUUUAACCAAAGUAAAUGAAGAAAUAGAUGCGCUGGGCCCACCACCAGGGGCCCCAGGCCUCGGAGAGGGUGGGGCAGACGAAACUUCGGUUGAUGAAAGUCUAUUACAAGAUGUUACCAUGCAUGAAGCGGAUGGAGAAGAGGGCCAUCAACCGCCCGCAGGUCCAACACCAGAGGAGAUGGCAACAUCAGAGGCAAUUACAAAACUGCAAUUAACGAGGCGAUACUAUAUGGAUGCUAUCCGGUUUAUAAAUUCCCUCCAUACCGCUGCUACUCUCGUCACGCAGUUACUUGGAUCUCGAAAUAAAAGCGAGGUUAUUGAAGCUAUGGAUUUCUUUGUGGUGUUAGAUGCAUAUCGAGUUGAGCCUUCUAAGGUUGGAAUUCGCAAAAUGUUGCGGUUGAUCUGGACCAAAGGAAACAGCGAUGAAGGCCGAAGCGUUCAAACUCAUCUGAUCGACUGUUACAAGAUGCUAUACUUCGAAGCGCCGAAUAACUUCAACCCCAAUGAUGCUGCGAAUUAUGUGGCCCGGAAUAUUAUCAGUCUAACGUUUGGUGCAACUUCUGGCGAGCUUACGUCUCUUGAAGCUCUUCUGAGCACAAUGAUGAAAGCAGGUCAGAUCCCUGAAGCAGUUGUUGAAAAGCUGUGGAAGGUGUAUGGUGUGCAAAAGAAGGAAAUCUCGAGGACUCAGAGGAGAGGCGCUAUAAUAUGCAUCGGAAUGCUUGCUGUCGCAGAUCCAGAGAUCGUGAUCAAGCAUCUCGAGACACUUCUCCGCAUUGGGUUGGGUGCCCUUGGAAGAGCUGACCUCGCACUUGCCAAGUACACCUGCAUUGCUUUGAAGCAUAUUUGCCCAACCGGUAGACGGGACAGCCCGAGUACAAUGGCAAGACUCCCAAACAACCAUGCCGUACUCAUCAAGUUAGCUGCAAUCCUCGAGGUUCCUACUUCUAGCCAAGACUGGCUUGGUCUUGCUGAGCAGGCAGUGAAUGCUAUCUACGCAUUAUCACAGCACCCAGAUGUAUUGGUGACGGAAAUUAUCCAAAGAAAGACUAGGAGCGUGUUUUGCGCCCCUCGUGCAAUGGAGAUCGAGGACGGUGAACCAGCCCCGCAAAAGCCGGAGGAUAGCAUUGACGCAAAUAUCAAGCUUUCUCAGCUCUUGUUCCUUGUAGGUCACGUUGCUAUCAAACAAAUUGUCCACCUUGAGCUCCACGAAUUAGACUUCAAGAGAAGGAAGGCUGCGUCAGAGAAACUGAAAGCAACCGCUCAGACUCCAGAGAAAGGAGCAGCUGCUCAGACUGCCCAAAGUGAGUUGGAUCUUAUUGGCGGUACCAAUGAAGACGACUUUACGGAUGCCAUGCAACAUAUUCGCGAAAGAGAGUUGCUUUAUGGAAACAAAUCGCUUCUAGCUCGAUUUGGGCCGAUGCUUAUGGAGAUAUGCUCCAGUAAUACCAACUACAAGGACGCCAACCUCCAGGCUACUGCAACUCUUUGCCUUGCGAAGUUUAUGUGUGUGUCAUCGGAAUUUUGCGAGAAUAACUUACCACUAUUGAUCACCAUUAUGGAAAAAUCUACAGAUCCUAUUAUCAGGAGUAAUGUAGUAAUCGGGUUAGGAGACAUGGCAGUGUGUUUUAAUCAUCUAAUCGAUGAAAACACGGACUUCUUAUACCGCCGUUUGAACGAUAAGGAGGCAUCGGUGAAAAGAACAUGUCUGAUGACCCUAACAUUCUUGAUAUUGGCCGGUCAAGUAAAAGUUAAGGGGCAACUCGGGGAGAUGGCGAAAUGCUUGGAGGAUCAGGAUAAAGGAAUUGCUGAUUUGGCGAAGAUGUUCUUUACCGAGUUGGCUACGAAGGAUAAUGCGGUGUAUAAUCACUUCAUUGAUGUGUUUUCACUCCUUACUACGGAUCAGAACAUCGAUGAGGAGUCUCUGAAGAGGAUUGUGAAGUUCUUGACUUCAUUCAUUGAAAAGGAUAAACAUGCUAGACAGCUCUCGGACAAGUUGGCUGCCCGUUUAGGACGCUGUGAUACUGAAAGACAAUGGAAUGAUGUUGCAUAUGCGCUCUCACUCUUGCCGCACAAGAACGAGGAGAUCCAAAAGGUGGUCGCCGCAGGGUUCAGGGUUGUACAAGGCACAGCUUGA